GGAAUUAGAUGGAAUCAGGGUAUGAGGAAUUAGAUGGAAUGAUUUUUUUAGACGACAGGGAAAAUAUUUCUAAUGUGUUUCUGAUUUCACACUAGCCCGUGUAGAAGAAACACUCGUCAACUACUCCAGGGUCAUUAAGAUUUAUGACAUCCUUACAACUGAUAUGACACUACGAUUUUCGUACGGUUUUUCAUUCCCGACAUCACCAAUUUAUUACAUCAAAUGGAUACCACGACAUUGCUCACCAUCCCGAGUAGCUAAGCGAAAAUGGGCGGCCUAAGCAAAAACAAGCAAACGCGGAAGAACAAGAUCAAGAAGAUCAUCUCAAAAAAUGAUGAUCGGCGAAAAGAGCCUGUAAUCAAGCAAAAAGUGGAGUUGAGGCUCGAAAAAGCAAAGCCUGUUAUUAAGGAGGCUGAGCAGCAGCAUAGCUCUUUGUUCUUCUCUUUCAACGAGAAUCUUGUCCCCCCUUACCGCGUCUUGGUGGAUACAAACUUUGUGAACAGCGCCCUCCAGAACAAGGUCGACAUUUUCAAGGGCAUGAUGGACCUGCUAUUGGCCAAGUGCAUUCCUUGUGUGACCGACUGCGUCCUAGCGGAACUGGAAAAAAUGGGCUCAAAGUAUCGAAUGGCCCUGCAGCUUGCAAGAGAUCCAAGGUACUAGUACUACUAUAAUAAAUAUUUACAUUUAUUGGCGCCCACUACCGCGUUGACUAUUCUCAGGAGGUUAGAAGGUUGAGUGACCUGGUAAUUACUCUUCUAGUUUGCGACCUCGAGCUGGACCUUCAACCCCCAUUCAAAUUGUACACUUAUUCGACUACAACAACUCAGAAUGGAGCGGCUUACCUGCACACAUAGAGGAACGUACGCAGACGACUGCUUGUGCGAGCGCGUGCACAAUCAUAAGUGUUACAUUGUGGCAACGAAUGACGCAGACCUGAAGAAGAGGAUACGAAAGAUUCCUGGUGUGCCAAUUAUGUACUGUAAGCGUGGCCACUUCGGCAUAGAACGUCUCCCAGGCCAUAUGGAACACGUCCCCAAGUCAAAAUAAGUAGUUGUGACAUUUAGAUUGAACACUGGAAUGUUAUAAUUCACACGAUCACAUUAUUAUGCAAUGAGUAGCUGACAAUGCUCGUCCUGAAAAUUUCUGCAGCCGCACCCGCAGGGACCGUCUUUCUCUUCUCACACAUAUGUUUCACUUUGUCCGUCGUGUUCCACCAACGCUUCAUCGCUGACAAGAUUUGACUCUCCUUGAUGUGCAGCAUCAUACUUCACCAUGCACCAUAC